CUUCAGAGUAUUAUUUUCCUUUUUGUCAUAAGGUGUCUAGAAAUGAAGUAUGGAAAUGAAAUAAUGAAUAAAGACCCAGUUUUCAGAAUCUCUCCACGGAGUAGAGAAACUCAUCCCAAUCCAGAAGAGCCCAAAGAAGAAGAUGAAGAUGUUCAAGCUGAAAGAGUCCAAGCAGCAAAUGCACUCACUGCUUCAAACUUGGAGGAGGAACCAGUCAUAACUGCAAGCUGUUUACACAAAGAAUAUUAUGAGACAAAGAGAAGUUGCUUUUCAACAAGAAAGAAGAAAAUAGCCAUCAGAAAUGUUUCCUUUUGUGUUAAAAAAGGUGAAGUUUUGGGAUUACUAGGACACAAUGGAGCUGGUAAAAGUACUUCCAUUAAAAUGAUAACUGGGUGCACAAAGCCAACUGCAGGAGUGGUGAUGUUACAAGGCAGCAGAGCAUCAGUAAGGCAACAGCAUGACAACAGCCUCAAGUUCUUGGGGUACUACCCUUAGGAGAACUCAUUGUGGCCCAAGCUUACAAUGAAAGAGCACUUGGAGUUGUAUGCAGCUGUGAAACGACUGGGCAAAGAAGGUGCUGCUCUCAGCAUUUCACAAUUGGUGGAAGCUCUCAAGCUCCAGGAACAACUUAAGGCUCCCGUGAAAACUCUAUCAGAGGGAAUAGAGAAAGGUAUGCGCCAGGCUCAGGGUUUCCCUGUGUGCCCGUGGCUGGGUGCCCAUGGGCUGUUCCUCCCAUUGCAGCUGUGCUUUGUGCUGAGCAUCCUGGGGAACCCAUCAGUGGUGCUUCUAGAUGAGCCGUUCACCAGGAUGGACCCCGAGGGGCAGCAGCAAAUGUGGCACAUACUUCAGGCUACCAUUAAAAACAAGGAGAGGGGCACCCUCUUGACCACCCAUUAUAUGUCAGAUGCUGAGACUGUGUGUGACCGUAUGGCCAUGAUGGUGUCAGGAACGCUAAGGUGUAUUGGUUCCAUUCAACAUCUGAAAAACAAGUUUGGUAAAUAUUAUUUACUAGAAAUAAAAAUAAAAAUUACCCAGGUGGAAGCUCUCCACACAGAGAUUUUGAAGCUUUUCCCACAGGCUGCUCGGCAGGAAAGAUAUUCCUCUUUAAUGGCGUAUAAGUUACCUGUGGAGGAUGUCCACCCUCUAUCUCGGGCCUUUUUCAAGUUAGAGGCAGUGAAACAGACCUUCAACCUGGAGGAAUACAGCCUCUCUCAGGCUACCCUGGAGCAGGUAUUCUUAGAACUCUGUAAAGAGCAGGAGCUGGGAAAUGUUGAUGAUAAAAUUGAUACAACAGUUCAAUGGAAACUUCUCCCACAGGAAGACCCUUAAAAUGAAGAACCUCCUAACGUUCAAUUUUAGGUCCUACUACAUUGUUAGUUUCCAUAAUUCUACAAGAAUGUUUCCUUUUACUUCAGUUAACAAAAGAAAACAUUUAAUAGUUUAAACAUUCAAUAAUGAUUAAAGUUUUCAUUUUUAAAAAUUUUAGGAUGAAGGAAACAAGGAAAUACAGGGAAAAGUAGUAGACAAAAAUUAACAAAAUCAGACAUGUUAUUCAUCCCCAACAUGGGUCUAUUUUGUGCUUAAAAAUAAUUUAAAAAUCAUAUAAUAUUAGGUUGGUUUUUGGUUAUUAUCAGUAAAGCUAACACUGAGAACAUUUUACAAAUAAAAAUAUGAGUUUUUUAGCCUGAACUUCAAAUGUAUCAGCUAUUUUUAAACAUUAUUUACUCCGAUUCUAAUUUAAUGUGACAUUGACUAUAAGAAGAUCUGAUAAACUGAUGAAAUGGCACAGCAUAACAUUUAAUUAUAAUGACAUUCUGAUUAUAAAAUAAAUACAUGUGAAUUUUAGUACAUAUUAAAAUUAUAUGGAAGAAGAUAACCAUAAUCUGUAAGAAAGUACUGCAGUUAAUAUUUUCUUUAGCCAACUUAUAUUCAAUGUAUUUUUAUGGGUCCUUUUUCAAAGGUAGUAUCAGUAGGCGUAGUCAUUUUCUGUAUCUUUUCACCUCACAGUUCACGAACAUUUCCCAUGUCAUCAUAACACUUUUGUGUUAUAUAAUUGCUGCAUUAAUGUUAUAGCUAUAUUGAUAUAAUACCAGAGUUGUUAUGUUUGGGUUAUAUGCAAGUUUAUUUCUUAGAAAUAAAACUAUGAUGGACUUAU